AUGGAGCAGCAACAGGUGAAUAGCUUUGUAGUUGUGUGGAGAGGACAAAAAAUCAUUCUUGAGAUGAAUUCGAGCGCCACCUUUAAGGAUUUCGGUGAGAAGCUGCAAGAACUCACGAACGUCAAGGCCGAUACCUUGAGGCUGCUUGUUCCCAUUGACAACACUUCGAAAAUGGUUCAUCCCUUUACCAAAGAGCACUCGUCCUUACGCCUUGACUCGAUUUCGUUGCUGAAGGGAAAAUCUAUUAUAAUGAUGGGAGUACCUGAAGAUGAGGUUGAUGAACUCCUACGAAAUGCGAAGGUGGACCUAAGGAUAGCUGGGUUUGAUGAAGAAGAAAAGAGAUUGAAGCAAAGGAGUGGACAUGGAUCAUAUUCCUUGCAGAGACUUCCUCAAGGAAAUUACAUUUUUUGUGAUUUUCGGACACUUAGUCUUCCUGGAAUAGAGUUAAAUCCUCCUGCUUCGAAGGCCUUAGAGCUGCUUCAUAAGCUAGCUUCAGAUCCAGGAAUUGUCGCGAUAAUGAAUAAGCAUCGUUGGCGGGUGGGAAUUUUGACCGAGAUGGCACCGGUUGGGUAUGUUGGAAUUAGCCCAAAGUGCAUCCUUGGUUUCAACCAGAAUCAUGGUGAGGAGAUAUCACUUAGACUCCGAACCGAUGAUCUUAAGGGCUUCAGGAAAUAUGAAAGCAUCAAGAAGAUUCUACUGCACGAGCUUGCACAUAUGGUGUACUCUGAACAUGACUCAAAUUUCUACGCGCUAGAUAGCCAGCUUAACAAAGAAGCUGCUAGUCUUGAUUGGACCAAGUCAAGAGGCCAUUCUCUGAGUCGAACCACGCAUUCAUGGCAUCAUGAAGAGGAUUUUGACGUUAGUAGUAAUGUGAUUUCAUCACACAAGCUCGGAGGGCAAGCUCUUGUCGCUCCUAAUGCCCGUGCUGCUUCUGUGAAUGCUGCUUUUGAGCGUCUAGCUAACACACUUUCAAGAUCAUCACCUAAGGAAAAAACGACACCUGUUUCUGAUCCAAUUGUUGAUAGUGAUCUGAAUGCGCCGGAACCCGAUCCUGAUGAGCGUGAGAACAAAAAAUACGAGCUACCCGGGCCUUUUGUGCACUCCGGGAUUGAUUCUACCGAACCAAACAACAUAAAUGUACAAAUCCAAGAAUCUGGAUUAAAUAAUUCUGAAGAGGACCCAAAUUGCCUCGAGGACAAUGGUUCUCUUGAGCCACGGCUGAAUGGUUGUCACACAGAGGAUAUGCAGACAGAGAUUAAUCCCGGCCAAUCUAUUUUAAAAAGCCAAACUUCCGAGCCUGAUCUGGAUGAUCCUGAGUUGCAGAUAAUCCAAGACCCAGUUACCACAGUUUAUGAUCGUUUGCAGAGGGCAAUUCAGUCUUUGAAAUGUGAAGUAAUACCCCCGGACACUGAGCGGGUCCUGCAAACAUUGUUUAAGAUAAUAUGUAAUGUGAUUGAACAUCCGGAUGACGUGAAGUAUAGAAAACUCAGAAAGGCUAAUCCAACGAUUCAGAGGAACAUUAUUACUUACAAAGCUGCCGUGGAUAUUCUGACACUGAUUGGAUUUUGUGAGGGUAUUGUCACGGAUGAAAGGGGAAAAGCCGAAGCCUAUUUGAUGUUAAAGAGAAACGAUCCUGGCUUGUUGUGGCUUGCAAAGUCUUCCCUGGAGACGUGCAUAUCUUAG